ACAAAGAAGAUGUUUUAUAUGUUUGUUUUGUUCGGGUUGUGCUGGCGGUGUCUGAUUGGUGUGUUUGGUGAGUCAGUGUCAGUGAUGGAGGGAGAUUCUAUUACUCUACACCCUGAUGUUACUAAAAUACAUGAAGAAGACGAUGUAGUGUGGAAAUAUGGAGCUGAAAAGUCUCAGAUAGCUCAAAUAAAUAGAUAUGCUAAAGUCUACUCCACAUAUGAUGUUCCUGAUGGGAGAUUCAGAGACAGACUGAAACUGGACAAUCAAACUGGAUCUCUGACCAUCACAAACAUCUCAACUCAACAUGCUGGAGAUUAUAAACUAGAGAUAAAUGGAGUGAAACUGUCAUCAAAAACAUUCCGUGUUUAUGUCUAUGCUCGUCUGUCUGUUCCUGUCAUCAGCAGAAACUCCUCACACUGUUCUUCAUCAUCAUCAUCAUCAUCACAGCAGAAUUGUUCAUUGUUGUGUUCAGUGGUGAAUGUGGGUCAUGUGACUCUCUCCUGGUACAAAGGAAACAGUUUAUUGUCCAGCAUCAGUGUGUCUGAUCUCAGCAUCAGUCUCUCUCUACCUCUGGAGGUGGAAUAUCAGGAUAAAAACAGCUACAGCUGUGUGCUCAACAAUCCCAUCAGCAACCAGACUCAACAUCUGGACAUCAGUCAACUUUGUAACAUAUGUUCAGACGUUGCAGCACAGUCUUCUUCUCAUCCUCCAGUCUCUCUGAUAGUGUUGAUUUCUGCUGCUGUUGUUGGAUCUCUGUUGAUUGUAGCUGCAUUUGGGAUCUUCUGCAUCUGUAGAAGACACAGAAGAACUGGCCAAGAAGAUGAGGUCACUUAUGCUGACCCAACGUUCUACAAAAGAAACACACAGAAAUCGGAGAUAAAAGCAGAACAUCAUUGUGAAGAGGAUGACGUUGUGUAUGAAUCUGUUUUCAUUAGUAGAUGAUCAAACUUAAACCUUUCUUCUGAACACCAGAUCCCACUGUGUGAAUGCUUUUACUAAGAACCUAAUAUAUAUCAGGAAAUCC